AUAGAAAGUCGACUGGUUGUCAUAGAUCAACAAAUUGUUAGCUCUAGGCAACAUAACAAACACCGGUUGGAAUUUUCAGUAGCCUAAACACGCACAAGAACUGCAACCAUUUAAGAAUUCUACUCUCAAAUUACCUUAAAUUGUUAAAAUAUUAGUAUUUUAAAGUUAUCUUAGCUAGUUACUUUUUCGUUUUCGCAUUCACAAUGGAUGAAUUUGUUUGUCUGGAUUAUAAGAAGCCACCGAACUCUGUGGUGCCCGAUAUGCGGACCUCUACCUAUCGCGGACAUCGUCAUAUUACGGAUGUGCGAUUGGGCAAUAAAUUGAAUGCCAAAUUUCCGAAUAAAAAUAUCUAUGUGCGAGAUCCUUUGCUGCAUGAGAAACAAUUUUCGGAAUAUGGAGCCAACUACGAAUGGAAGUAUGGCGAUCCGAAUAUUAUGCGAAAUCCUUCGCUUAAUAUGAAUGUUCAAUUCAUGAAACCCUUCGAUCAGGGUAAAAUACGUUUUGUAAAACGAAAAAUGAAACCCAUGAGCAGUGUAAGCAUGGACACAUAUACACCCAAGGAUUUGCCACUGGAGGAAGAUCCUUUACCCAUAACCAUGCCAACGCCGGUGCAAUCAACCAAAUUGAUUAUUGAUCGCUCCAAAACGAGUUAUAGCAAAUAUUUAGAUCCAUCGGCCACCACAUAUAAUUUAAGCUAUGUACGCUAUAAUCCCUUGGAAUUGCAAGCUGGAGUCGCGGCUCAUGAUAAUGUCACAUUUUGGAAUUGGAAUGAACAUUUGCCGGCGGGUAAGAAGGUAACGCGUGAACCCGAUGAGAAUAUGUGUGAUACGACGGCAGCCAAAAAAUGUCCCAAGCGUAUUUUGGAAUACCAGAAUCAAACGAAACGUGUCCCGAAUACUGGCAUGAAAACCGAAGUACGUGAUAAUUACAAGGAUCCACGUGUCGAUAGUAUGGACUAUGAUUUAUCCGAUGUGAAGCCAAUAUUGGUGCAUGAACCGAUUACACCGUUUGCUAAAAAGAGCGAAUAUGGUAUCUACGGAUCGGGAGAACCAGUUUUGAAAUAUGUUUAAAUUAAAGUCAAUAUAUAUAUAUACAACAACAAAA